AUGAGCGCUGUGAUACAGAAAAAAAUCCGCAACUUUCUUGAUGCCCGCAGCGAACUUCUUGCGAGAUACAAUUCGCUUGCGGCCUCUGCAGACCCGCGGCUACGCCUGGCCUUGGAAAAUCUCCAUGAGUUUGACCUUUUGAGUUUCUCAUAUCUUGCCAUCAAGUCCUACUACGACCUCUCGAAGCUGCGCUGGGACCUGGAUUACCGCAAUCUCUUAGAUGACUUUGUCUCUCUCAGCGCACGAAUAGAGACGAAGCUCCCACUUACGGAGCUCUACCUGGAGAUUCCUGGCUUGCAAAUACUUCGACGUCAGUUUCGGGAGAAUGCUCGAGAGGGCGGCAAAGUGGCGUAUCUGAUGGUGUCACUGCUGGGUCGUAUGUCUGACAUGGCUACGGUGGUAGCACAAGUCGCAUCUUACGAUACUAGGAAACCCCUGGUCGAUUCUGAGUCUCGAGUAGAACUGACAGAAUUGGCUAGUGACAUAUCGCAUACAACGCAUAAACAGAAAAACACAUCGAGGGAAGAAUACGCGCAGCGACAAAACCAGAAAGUGGCGCAAUUGACCCCUCUGGGAGAAGGAGACGCCGUGGAUCAAGCUAGCGAAAACGUGCAAGCUAAAGCGGACGUCACGAAUAGAGCCCAAUCGACGCGUCAAGAGGAAACAAUUGCAUAUACCCAAACGCAAGCAUUCCAGGCAGGAAAACCAGCAGAGGCGCAAAUAGAUUCGCUGAACCACGCACAAGCUCACACACAAGCUUACACACAAGCUCAGACACAAGCUCAGACACAAGCUCAGACACAAGCUCAGACACAAGCUCAGACACAAGCUCAGACACAAGCUCAGAUCCAAGCUCACACACAAGCUCAAAACCAUCCAACGUUACAUGUGCAAGCACAAGCAAACGGAAAUGUUCAAGCUGCACCAGUGCAUACAAUGGCGACUGUUCCAGCUAACGCAAUCAAUGGGACAUCAGGGUCCUCGCGAAUACAAAUGCAAUCACAAGCGCAACCCUCUCCCCAUACACACCCCGGAGUGGAAACAGUAUAUCAACCACCACACUUGUAUACCCAGCAAGUGUAUAUGCCUCAGUAUGGAUCAGCUCCGCAAUUUCGUGCUCAAAGCCCCACAGGCCAGGCUGCAAAAGAGACUGAAAGGCAACCCAAAAGACCGUCGCCCAUUCCGCCAUAUAUGGCCAAGCGUGCAAUGGGUGAUACGUCGUUCGAUCAUUUCUCUACUUGGACACGCGAGCAUGCACAGUGCAUUUUUGCAGCCGCCGUUGCCAACCCGCGCACUGCUACGAUGGCCAUUCAGAACGCACUUCGCAAUACUUUUGGCGUCAUGAUCAGCCCCGAGGCUGCAAACACACUCCGCCUGCACUAUGGCAUGAUUCCUGCUACUGCAGAACACUUCAAGUAUUACAUCCAGACCUUUCACCUGGUCGCUUCUCAGUUCUACGAGAACAGACAUAAGUAUGUCACAGUACCUUGGGCAGACUUUCGCACGCAGUUCAUGCGCAAAACAGGCUAUAGGCUUGAGGACUGGGAAGUGCGCGGCCGCUGGGGGCUUUAUUUGCUUCACCGUCGAGUGUACGGCGCGCGCGGCGAGCCUCCGUCGAACUAUAAUGAUUUGGCGGAACGCUUUCGUGGACUUGUGCGCGAAGUGGGCCUGCAGCCGCUCGAGUUCACGCCCGAUCCGGUUGUGGAAUCUUUGUGGACGCCUGAUAUGGUGGCAUUGCUUGUUGAGGCACAGCUGCAGGUUCCGCCCAAUUUAUCCAAUCGCUUGCUUGUGAUCCGCCAUUAUAUGCGACUCAAAAGUGGUCGUGAUGUGGAUUUAGAUUCGUUGGCAGAGACGCUGCGGAGAAAGGAUGUUGUGGCUGCUGUUCAGCAGCGACUUACACAGCGUGUUGCCCCGUUCAACCAGCAACCUCCAGCGCAACAUCCAGCGCAACAUCCAGCGCAACAUCCAGCGCAGCAUCCAGCGCAACCUCAUUCGGUUGGCAUUCAACAAAACGUAGUAGAUUUGCUGCAACAACAAGUUGCAAAUCCGAAUGUCCAGCCGGGUGCCUUGGUUGAUUUGUCGACAGUUACAAGAACGCCUCCGCAGGCUGCAAAUGCUUUUCAUCAAAGUUCUGCUCAGCACAAUAUGUCAGCCUCUCUGCAAAGUAAUAACACUUUGCAAGUUCAGGGUUCUCUGCAACCUACAACUGUAGCGCGUGCAGAAAAACGCGCUGGCCAUUUCGACGAGUUGCGCAAGCAAAUUCACUCGCUGAUGCAUCCCGAUUGGUAUUACCGUCAGAAAUUAGCCAAAGCCGAUUUGACCGAGUUUUGGACUUAUUCAAAGUGUAAAACCAUCGUUGCUACCGUGGAACUCAUCAGCAAAUUCCCAGCGGAUACAACAAACGUUACUCAUCAGGUUUGCCGCACUAAUUUGUUCAAAAUCAUCAUGUGGAUGCUUCUCCGCGAAGACAUGAUACGUGUGCUGGUGGAGCUCAUUGAAACACGCCUUGUGCGGAUGAUGGAGGCUGACGUGUUCGAUGCAGCACUGUGUCUGCUCAUCAAUAACAACUUCAAAAAGACGUAG